CUAACUUACCACUCACUGUCUAUGAUUUCCAUUGCAGAUUCAUAUAAGGCCCAGUUAAAAAUAACUCACACCAGGCUCAUGGCUCAUGCGCUCAGAACUCAUUCAGCGGAUGUGAGCAAAAAUGCUCAUCCAGCGACCCGCCGCCUUGGAUCCCAACCACUGGUUCAUUUGGGCACGUCUUCAGGAUCUGAACGCUUUCAGUUUGAUGACAGAGGGAUGCUUCUUCCUCACAGCAUCCUGGGAAGCUUGGAUGGCUUUAGAAAGUACCUGGAGAUGAGAGGAGAGACAGAGUUAGUCGGACAAAUACCUAAUUCCAGAAGAGAACCUCCAUCCCAUGUCCGAGGGACGCAUCCUCAUGACCAGCGAGAUGUUCCUUUCGGCCAAAGAAACUUGCAAGCAAAUGCCCUGCAGAAUUGGGAUGAAUACAUCAAGCAGCGCAAACGACAGCAGAACAACUUAUCUGGACGCCUCAAAAGGCCAGUGGAAAAUUUACUGAUGAACCGAGAUUACCCUUUCAAAGAGCUACAGGAGCAGCGAGAACUUCUACGUCAAGUCUUGCCGCUCAUCCAGUCAGGAUAUGGGCACCGUGUAGGAAGUGAAUUUUGGAGUUUCCCCCAACGGUAUGGAAAUGAAUUCAGCGGUAUCAGAGCCACUCUGACACAGACAGAGCAAGGCAAACGGAAACCUGUCACAAUUAUUGGACAACCACAUAGCAUACUCCAGGAAUCUGGAAUCACUUGUGCUGAGAUGCUGUGUCCAGCUUCUCAGAUUUUGGACCCAAAUAAGGACAUGCAGCAACGUGCACUUCAAGAAGUCCUGCAGGGCUUGGAAAUCAACAAGCAGGAUCUCGGCAAACUAGAGGUGAUUGGCUCGAGCAAACCUGUUGUGAAAGAGUGCCGCAGUCUUUUUUUGGAAGAGGACGAGAGUAUGAACAUGCAAUGUUCGGAGAUGGAAGAUGAGAAUGUUGACCCACUGGCACAUAACGACAGUCAGUCAAAUACUCUCCUCAUUCCCGCCAUGAGGUUCGCCGGUCAACUUGCUAGCUGGACUGGGAACUCUUCUAGUCAGCAGGGAAAGGUAGGAAUCAGCACGACAAUAAUUUUUGAGGCUCAUGUUGGAGAACGAGUCUCGUCUCAACUGGAGAUAUCAAAUGAGGGCAGCACAGCCCUCCUAUUCAGCUGGCAGCAGCUUCCCCUGCCGCAGAAAUUCGCAAACCUUCAGUCGCGAUCCAGCUGCCCACACUUCUACUUCAACAGCUCCUCAGGGGUCAUCCAUCCAGGAGAGACCCAGCAAGUGGAGUUUAUAUUUAAGUCGGCAAGGCCAGGCAUUAUAACUGAGCAAUGGCAGUUCAACACCCACCCUUUGUUGCUCCAAGGAGCCUCGGUUCAGGUCACGUUGAAGGGGGUUUCACAGUUACUGGACAGGACAGCAAGACAGAGGCAAUUCAUAGAGACAAAGCUGGAAGAGAGAGCCAGACUGGAAGUCUGCCGGAUGAUUGUCUACGAGGUCAUGCGAGGAAUUCAGACUCCAGAAAGAUCCAACUCUCCUGCAGAGCCAUACAUGUUGCAAUAUCUUGAUCAGUCAGAGGAGGACCUAAAUAAGCUUUUGCAAGAAAUGAAUCCAGAACACAUCUGGGACCUCUCAGACACAUCCAAACAGGAUAUUGCUCCGGAUGAUGAAAUGGAUAGUCACCGUGCUUCAGUGGAUAAGUUAAAUGAUGAUGAGCAAGAUCCAAACAAACAAGAUUCAACCCUCACCCUAAACGACACGCAAGACAAUACAGUCGAAUGACUGAAUGUGCGUAGGUAGGAGCACGAAAGGGGAAUGUAAUGAGAGACUGUAACAGAAGUGUAUUAAUAAAACUUUGCCAUCCUGG